AUGGGCUUCAAGCAUACGAUGUUGCAACGCAUACAAAACUAUGAAGUGUGCCCCGCGAAAUCGGUGACCAGCAGCAAUAGUUCAGAAUCGGGUGAUGAACAAACGCAGCAUACCGCUCACGUCACCGACUUCAGUAUCAGUCGUAUACUGGGCGAUGAUGCUCAGUUGAAAAGUGCUUCGAAAAAUUACAAGGACUUUGCCAAAACUCCGACGAUCAGCGCCAAGUCUAAUACUACCGCACCCGGCCUAUCAACUUCGUCGACCACCGAUAUUCUGGACCUCUCAAAAUCCUCGCCUAUCGUAGAACAGUUGCCAACAGUCAACAUGCCACGCCAACCCGCUUAUCCCACACCCACCUACCAUAGUCUCCACUCAGACUUCUUAGCCGUCGCUGCAGCCGCAAAUGCCACUAAAUUUUAUGCGCAAUUUUUUCCUCAUAUGUUUCCUACCUACGCGGUGGCUAACUUCAAUGCGCCUACACCAACACCUUACCAAAAACGCUACUUUGCACCGUACGUCAUCAACUCAGUGCCUGCGAGUCCCUCAACUACCGCUCAGCCCGGCAGCUCUCGAUUUUUAAGUUUGCCGAACCCUUGCAGUGCGCCCAUAUCGUCUUCACCGCCUAAAAAUGUCUAUCCACGCGCGAGUUGUACAGAUUGCUUAGAUUAUUAUAAACAUUACCCCGCCUACAAGUCAGGAGGCAUGCCGUCGGUACCUUCUUCGCCCACGUCUUCAACUGCGUCCACUUGCCACUCCUCGUUUAGCGCAAAUUUUCUGAAGACGAAAUCCUCCACCGACCUACUACUACUCAAUUCCUCUACGAUCGCUUUGACCACGGCGGCAAAUUGCAAGUUAACAGCGACAACAACUAAAUUGUGUGCAAGCAGCCCUGCGUCGGUGGCGACUUUGAAUGCCGAGGAAAUAAGCUAUAAAUGUUGUAUUUGCGAUAAGGUGUUCGGCUGCUCACAAACAUUGCAGUUUACAACUCAAAUUCUGUUUCAGGCACACGAAAAGACCCACAAGUCGCCACGCUACGAAUGUACCGACUGCGGCAAAGGUUUCUCUCAGCUGCGCAACUACAAAUAUCAUCUCUCCGUGCACCGCGGCACCAAAGAAUUCGCCGCUGAAUGUCCGGAAUGCGGCAAAACAUUCAACGACAAGGGUUAUCUCAGCAGUCACAUGAAGAUCCAUCGCAACAAAAAGGAGUACGAAUGCCCCUAUUGCCCCAAAUCGUUCAACCAGCGCGUGGCAUUCAAUAUGCACGUACGCAUACACACGGGAGUUAAGCCGCACAAGUGCGCCGAAUGCGGCAAACGCUUUUCGCGAAAAAUGCUACUCAAACAGCACAUGCGCACCCACAGCGGCGAGAAGCCCUACCAGUGCUCCGUGUGCGGUAAAUCUUUCGCAGAUCGUAGCAACAUGACGCUGCAUCAUAGACUUCACUCAGGCAUCAAACCAUUCAACUGUCCCAUUUGUCCGAAGGCAUUCACCAAGAAACAUCACCUUAAGACUCACUUGAACUACCACACUGGCUGCAAGCCGUACAUUUGCCCACAUCCCAACUGCAAUCAGGCCUUCACUCAGUCCAGCAACAUGCGCACGCAUGCCAAGAAAUGCCAAUAUCGUCCACUGCAAUUACCCUAUCCGGUUGCGUCGUCAACAAGUAACGCAUCAAAUGCAGUCUCAUCAGCCGCAAUGGCAUUGCCUUCCACCAGUGCGGCAUCAUUAACACCAAUUGUGUCACGUCUCAGCAUACCGCCAAUCGUUACUGGAACUGGAACAAGUAGUGCAACAACAGCUGCAGCUGCUUUGUCUUCAGCGGCAGCGGCGGCGGCAGCGGCUGCGGCGGUGGCCAACACAACGGCAUCGCCACACAUUCCUAAUUUUUCAACGGCCCUGUCGGCUAGUAUGCGAAUGUUGUCUGCUGUGUCAGCUGCAGGCGUCGCCACACUGCCUAGCGGUACCACAUCCGGCAGCCACAACGUUGCCGCACAGCAACCACUUUUGCCAUUUCCGCCUGCGCAACAACCGUUAAUGGGUACACUACGACCGUUUUAAUUGCAGCGAGGGCAGUUAAUUAAUUUGUUGGUUUGCUUGAAAUGAAG